AAUAUUGCCAAAGCAUAGCGAUAAAGGCAUUGUAUAAAGUGAAGGUUAUGGUAACUAGAUGUUUGAGUGGGUGGGAACUCUUAAACCUUGGGUGUUUGUAGAAAAUUUCUUUUUUAAGAGAUCGUGGAUGCUAUAAUGGACUGCUGUGUAUGUAACAGCAUUACGUAUUUGAUAACAUUUGAGUGUGGACAUUUUGAUAUGACUGAUUUUCAAGCUGAGAAACUGAAGAGGAGGAUUUACCACUGUGUAAAUGGCUGUAAGAGAAAUGACAAGCAGCCACUAAGUAUUGGCAGGAUUUUAAUUGACCUUUCUCUAUUGACGGUGAUAAUCUACUUGGCUGUCCCCUUGUACAAGUUUUAUUAAACACUCUUGUCAUUAAGAGAUAACGUUGAUUUUGGAGCUUGUUUCUCAGAUGCAGGGAUAACAGAACACGGAGAGGACUUUUCCAUUGAUGUCGUGAGAUUUUUUUCAUCACCACAGCAAUAUUUUUUGCUAAUUAAGUGUCAGCUUAUGCAACUGGAAUUUAAUUAAUUUUUCCUUCUUGUGGAAAAGGUGAGAAUCUUGGCAAAUAAGUGAAAAUGACAUACUGUUGCUGACUCAUCUUGCAAAGAAUUUUGUAAAAGGAAAAGAGGUGAUUUGAUAAACUGCCAAUGAAUUGUUCAAUAAUGUCUGGACAGUCCGGUAAAUAUAGAAUGUGGGUGUUUUUUAUGUUUAUUCUGACAAUUAGCCCAGGAAAGGCAUUACAACUAAACAAAACUCAAAUUGACAGGCAAAUUUCAUUAUUUUCAACUGACCUUGCUGACUUCUUUGAAAAAGUCCUGGGAGCAAAGAAGCUCCAAAAAAUAUAUGAUGCCGGAAAAAAUACGAAAUACAUCCCUAUGGAAUCCAAGAAUGUACUCCAACAUCAAUUACAUAAUGAUCUAAGAAAGGAGCUUCUGUUGGUAGAAAACAGUUUGGAUGUGCUGAAAAAACAACUUGAAGGUUCACAUACACAACGGCAUAAAAUGCCCACAGUUCAGGACUGUUCCACUUUCAAUGGUCCAUGGUCUUAUAGUGCCAAAUUUCGACAAGGAAUCCAUUGGAAAUCUUGUUUGCUGGACAGGAAACAGCAGGAAAUAGACAAUGUUAUCCAAGAGCAAGAACACUUCUUAAAGGAAAGUGUAGAGAACUCAUCCUCUGCCUCAUGGCAUUAUAUUGUGACAGAAAAGGACCUGUACCAGUUUCCAAUAGGGCAACAACAGAAUACCUCUGUCAAACAGGCAUCAGAGUUUUCUAGAUGUCUCCUAGCGGCCUCCCAUUUUGGUUCUGCGCACCGGAACAUGGCCAUUGUGAUUGCAGUGGCUAACAUCACAAUUUGGGAAGCCGUGAUUAACACAUUGGAAAAUGUGUUGGAGACUUUAUUUGAUGCUGACAAGGUGGCACUUUUUUUAGUCAAUGGAACAAAUGUGGUAUCACUACAUGGUUGUGGAAACCAGACUUUGGAAACAAACAGAUACAACAUUGAUGUUAUAAAGAACAAAUUGAGAAAUGUUCAUGGUCUACCAGAAGUUGUUAAGUCUGCAGAUGUUUCAGAGGCAGUGAAUUUAGCCUUUCAAGCUCUCAAUACAAGUUCAACAGUUGAGCAAGGGUCACUACCAAUUUACCAAAAUGCACUGCUCUUCAUCACAAGUGGUAUUGAAGAAGGUGCCACUGAGGUUGUGAAAGCAAUGGAGCAAGGGCAAGACCAACUUGCUACCCCUGCCUAUCUAUUCCUAUAUGGUUUAGACAACAGCACAUUAUCCAGUCUGGCAACAAAAGGCCUCAAAACAGUAGUUCUUGAUAUUUAUGAGAACCUGGCAGAUUAUUACACAUAUUUGCCACCCAGUGUUCUUCCACCAGGACAGGAUUAUAUUUACUUUGGACCACAUUAUGAUUCCUCUGUAGGCAUGACCUUUACCAUUGGGGCACCAUUUUCUACAGAGAAUGGCACAAAAGGGGUAGUGGCCAUCGAUGUUUCCGUGGCAACCUUGUUCAGACCAGUGCUGGGCAGUCAGCUUGGUGCAAAAAGUUAUGCAUUUGUUGUAGACAGAAGAACAGGGAAUGUAAUUGCCCACCCAAGACUACCAUUACCCUCUGAGUUACUUACUGCGAUACCGACCCUAUAUGUGACAGAUAUAGAGCCUCAAUUACCUAAGAGUUUAUUGCAAGACCUUUAUAGAGGACAUAGUAGGAUUAAUGUCACUGGAAAGGCCAGAAGACAUGUACCAGAUGAUGUCCAUGAAGAACUGAUUUCAGAACGAGCUUUGUUUUCAAUAUCACCUUUGGAAAAAUCACCUUUUGCAAUCAUCCUUGUUUUGGUGGAUGGUGACACCCGAAGAGACUAUAACGAUUAUCACUACCAGCCAAAACCAGAGGCCUAUUAUUAUCGCUAUGACAUAUUAGAUAACAUGGGCAGAGACCCAACUUUGUGUAACAGUGCAGGCAUACCAGUAGCAAAACAUCAAUCUGUAAUUAAGUUGUCCCCAAAUGUUUUUUGCGACCCUUUUUAUCCAUGGAGGAAAGAGUCGCGCACACAUGCAGAAUUUGUGCAGACAUUUUUAAGGACAGGACGAAAUGGCACUUUUCUGAGAGACCCCACCACUGCCAAGGCUAUCUUAGUUGAUACCUACAGAUCUGAUGAACUGGUUAGCACCUGGCGGGAGCAUGACCAGUUACCUGUCCAGAGAUACCUCGGCACUAGAAAUGGUGUGGCUCGCCUGUACCCUGGCCAGUUAUUAGACGGCGGUUUUGACCCCAGAGAACAGCAGUGGUACAGAAAUGCUGCAAGAUUCUCACAGAUCACUGUGGUGUCCUCAGAACCAAGUUUAAUAGGACCUCCCACUGACAGAUCUAGGUUGCUUUCUGUCAGCAAGGCCAUUUAUGAAGAGAGAAGUGGUAUUUCCCGCCAUUCUCGGCUUGACCCAGUUAGUGCCGUGGUUGGAGCUGAUGUCAGUGUUCAUUUACUCCAGUCACUCCUGCUGGAGAAGGCCAAGGCAUGCUGUUUUCCAGUCAGUUCUGGUCCUUCCUACCAGUUAGUACUGAACACCAGCAGUCUGUACCAGGUCAAUGGGGGCUGCCAACAGUUUGUUCUGCAGAGAAUACUUGACACAAACAUGUACCUGCUGGUGGUUUUAGGAAAUUCAACAUGUCCGCCCUCUCCUAAGCAGAGGGAGACUAAGGAGUGCCGUUCUUCUGAGCUUCUUUGUAAGGAGAGCGGAAGUGCAUCUUUGUGCUCAGAUUUUGAUGGAAUCACAAGUUUUACUUCUCUUUGUCCAGUAACAAGCAGGUCAAAGACUAUUGACGUGAAACCAACAGUGGCUGUACCUGGUGUCCCAUCAUGUCCCAGGUCUUGUGCUGAAGUACAAGGCCAAGAAGCUUGCACAGCCAUGAGCAGCUGUAUUUGGACAAGCCACCUGAGAUAUCCUGUUUGUGUACCAAGUACAGAAGCCAACUUUACAGUAUCCCCACCACAACCAACACCCAAAAUUCUGACCACCAGGUCACCCACACCUACACCCACACUUAGGCCCUCCAGAGCACCUUCACCGGGAGUUCCUACCCUCAGACCAGGGGCCUCUACCCUCAAACCAGGAGUCCCUACCCUCAGACCAGGGGCCUCUACCCUCAAACCAGGAGGCCCUACCCUCAGACCAGGAGUCUCUACCAACCAAACAGGUGCUCUUCAGCAGGGAACUACUGGCAGCCCAGUUAACAUGACCACAGAAGAGAAUGGUGCAGGUUUAAAUGAUGAAUGGCUGGCAUGGUCAAAUAAAACUUUAGCUAUAGUGGGCUCAGUGAUUGGUGGCAUUGUUGUUUUGUCAAUACUGAUAGGCAUCUUCUUAAAGUGGGUUGGAUGGGAAUUUAAACUACCGACAAGAGAAUCAACAGCAAAGCUGACAUCAAGUAAGUUUGAUAAUCCGGUAUAUGAGACAGAUUCAGAAGAAGAUUCUUUGGCCGGUUCCAUGGUGUCCACACAACAUCGUGGAUACAGGGAAUUCUGAAUUUUUGGUUACAGCUGUUUUGCAAGACAAACCACUGGGAAAAAUAUGCCCAGAACAGAAGCGAGGUGGGAUAUUUUUCAGACUUAAUAUUACCUUCCAGAAGUCUUUUUGAACAUAUCCAUUGUCUUUAUGUGGACAUGUGUAAUAUUGAGUUGAACUUCAUUACUGACUAUCAGAUUUUUAAUCAUCUGGUUGGUGUGACUUGCAAAGCAAUAUAGGUAAAGCAUUUUUCCUGUUUGGGUGGAUAUGAUAGCAAAAGCAGUAGACUGAAUAGAGCCUUGACAUGAAGGCAGUGACUUGCACUUACACAAGGCAACAACAACUAAACUUGGUCAUAGUUUUUAGCUCAUCUUGAAAGAUGACACUACUUCUCAAAGCUGUUUAAGCAUUAUAUUUCCAAUGAUUAAAAUAA